AUGAGCAACGAUACACCAACAGCAGCAGGUAUUGACUUGGUUCUCACCUCAGUGGAGACGUUGGACACAGAACAACCGUCCGUGGCUUGGGAACCCUGGCCCUUGGCUUCUGCGCACUGGGACGCUUUAACUGUCGAUCAUCUUAUCGCAAUGCCUGACGACAUGUUUGCCAGGACGUUGGCACAGUGGAGGAGAGACACUCAAAAUGGGGAAUCAAACAGGAGCCUUCAAGCUCGCAUUGAACAGGCAAGUCAGCAAUACCUGUCCGAAGAGCUCGACGACGAGGACCCGGGCGAAGGAUCAUCAAUUAGGUUCGAAGCAACUAGCGCAACUGACCCUGGCAUGGUGUAUGAUCAGACCGAAGCUUCAACAAGUACUGGAAGAACGCGCAACACAAGCGACAGUAGAAAAGCUAGAAAAGCCAUCACAAAUGCCGCCUACAGAGAAAAGGUGAAGGCUGAACCUGGAUGGACCGAACUAAACAGAGCGCGCGCGCGUGUAUCCAUGCGAAAAACCCGGGAGAAGCAGAAGAAAGCUCGUAUGGAAAGGCUCAAGAAGGCCAUGUCAGCUGAAGAAGGCAUCGACGACGAGGGAACAGCUGAAGAAAGCAACGAAAAUAAUGCUCAUAAUUCAGGCACAGGGUCACCUCAUACAAUCGAUGGGCAACUGGAGGAGUAA